AUUACUCGGUUCAUAUCCAUAGCCACCCACCAGAAACUAAACUUGCAUUGAUCGCUCAUCAGUUGUUCUGAUCAUCAGUUGAUCUUUCUAGUAGAUCGAUCGGCAAUGGCUGAUGAGGAGAAGAAGCACCACCACCACCUGUUCCACCGCCACAAGCAGGACGGCGAGGAGGAGGCGAGCACCGGCGAGGUGGACUACGAGAAGAAGGAGAAGCACCACAAGCACCUGGAGCAGCUCGGCGGGCUCGGCGCCAUCGCCGCCGGCGCAUACGCUAUUCACGAGAAGCACAAGGCGAAGAAGGAGCCCGAGAGCGCGCACGGGCACAAGGUGAAGGAGGAGGUGGCGGCGGUGGCGGCCCUGGGCGCGGCCGGGUUCGCGUUCCACGAGCACCACCAGAAGAAGGACGCCAAGAAGCAGGGCCAGAGCUGAGCUAGGCAACCUCUCGAUCCUGCAGUGAUAUAGUAUAUCGUCGCGUCUGUCGCUUAUAUAUUGUGGCGUUUAAUACUUAUAAAUUGCGUCGUCUUUGUUGAUUGCCAGUGAUUACUUAGACAUGCAUGUCCGUGUGUCAGGGCACGAACUGGCACUAGUAGUUUCCUGCGUGCCAGGCCGUAUUAUUGACUAUUGUGCCCGAUCUGUAUCUCAGUGUUUUUCCCCACCAAAAUAUUGAAGCAUCUGUUUACUGA